UGACCUGUGCCCUAAUCACGUGGCAUCGCGAUGGUAUAAAACCGGUUCGCGUCAUGAAUUCUGCCUCUCAUUUUCAGUGAACACCCGAGUGUAACAGGACGAACAGAAUGUCAGGAAAGCCGGCCUACAAAGUUGCUGACAUCAGCUUGGCUGAUUGGGGCAGAAAAUGCAUUGAGAUUGCAGAGAACGAGAUGCCUGGCUUGAUGCAGAUGAGACAAAUGUAUGGCAAGUCCAAGCCUCUGAAAGAUGCCAGGAUUGCUGGAUGUCUCCACAUGACAACACAAACUGCAGUCCUCAUCGAAACCCUCACAGCUCUCGGGGCACAGGUCCAGUGGAGCAGUUGCAACAUUUUCUCCACCCAGGAUUUUGCAGCCGCAGCCAUUGCCAAGACUGGAGUCCCAGUGUAUGCAUGGAAGGGAGAAACCGACGAGGAAUACAUCUGGUGCAUAGAACAGACCUUGGUGUUCCCCGAUGGUAAGCCUCUUAACAUGAUCCUGGAUGACGGUGGUGAUCUGACAAAUAUUGUUCACGAGAGAUUCCCACAGUAUUUAGAAGGAAUCAAGGGUCUCUCAGAGGAAACCACUACUGGUGUUCACAAUUUGGCAAAAAUGAUGACAGCUGGAAAAUUGAAAAUCCCUUCCAUUAAUGUCAACGACUCCGUCACAAAGAGCAAGUUCGACAACCUCUACGGCUGCAGGGAAUCGCUUGUUGAUGGAAUCAAGAGAGCCACUGAUGUCAUGUUGGCAGGGAAGGUUGCCAUGGUGGCAGGAUAUGGUGACGUCGGCAAGGGUUGUGCACAUGCUCUGCGUGCCUUUGGCGCCCGCGUCAUGAUUACCGAGAUUGACCCAAUUAUUGCUCUACAGGCAGCCAUGGAAGGCUUUGAAGUAACAACAGUUGAUGAGUGUUUGAAGAAAGCCAGAAUCUUUGUAACAGCUACUGGCUGUAAAUCAAUCAUUCACGGAGACAUGUUUGAAAAGAUGUUGGAAGAUUCCAUUGUUUGUAAUAUUGGACAUUUUGAUUGUGAGUUGGAUGUUGCUUGGCUCAAUGCCAACAGCGUCAAGAAGGAGCAGGUCAAACCACAGGUGGACAGGUAUACCUUGAAAAAUGGCCGCCACGUCAUCAUGCUUGCCGAAGGCCGUCUUGUAAACUUGGGAUGUGCUCAUGGCCACCCCAGUUUUGUAAUGAGCAACUCCUUCACCAACCAAGUCCUGGCACAGAUAGAACUCUGGACCAAACAGGGCGAGUACAAAGUUGGAGUUCAUCUUCUUCCCAAAAAGCUCGAUGAAGCUGUUGCAGCAGCUCACUUGGAUCAUCUGGGUGUCAAGCUGACAAAACUUUCAGACGAUCAGUCGGAAUAUCUGGGAAUAUCCAAGGAGGGUCCAUUCAAACCCGAAAUCUACAGAUAUUAAACAGGACACUCAUCCUCCAUGUUCAUUGAGAUUCUCUUGUACAGGAUCAAAUAUUGUUGUGCAAUCACUUCAGUACACACACAAUCAUAGUGCUAAAAGGUCGUCGUAUCAUAUCUAUGUACUUGUUGCCGAGUUGGUCUUUAUUUAAUUCAUGUCUAUGUUAUUUAUAGACGCAAUCAGAAGUGUUGAUUAAAAUUCUAAUACCUGUAA